GAUAGGAAACGAUUAGAAGCAGGCCUGCAGUUCCAGAACGAAGCUGAGAUCGCAGGCUAUCUACUUGAAUGUGAGAAUCUUCUCCGCCAACAAGUUAUGGACGCCCAGAUUCUUACUGAUGGAAAAUAUUAUCAGGCGGAUCAAUUAGUCCACAGGGUUGCAAAACUCCGAGAUAACCUUAUGGCCUUAAAAGCAGAGUGUUCCUCAAUCUACAACAAGGGGAGAAUACUAACAACGGAACAGACCAAGAUGAUGAUAUCAGGAAUAACACAAAGCUUAAACUCAGGAUUUGCACCAAGCCUAAGCCCUAAUUUAAACGCUGGACUAAAUCAGGGCUUGUCUCCCUCCUUGACCUCAUCCAGUCUGACGUCAGGUUUAUCAUCAGGUUUUUCUCCAAGACUGACCCCAGCCAUCACCCCAGCAUACACUCCGGGCUUCCCACCACGGUUAAUUCAAAGUUACAUAACUGGAGUUGACACAGGUGGACUUCAAACACUCAAGAUGACACAGAUUCGCAAACCUCUGAUGAAAUCAGCUUUUAUUGAUCAGAAUUUAACAGAAGAAGAAGUCAAUAUGAAAUUUGUACAGGACCUCUUAAGAUGGGUAGAUGAAAUGCAGGUACAACUUGACCGAGCCGAAUGGGGCUCAGAUUUGCCAGGGGUUGAAAGCCAUGUUGAAAAUCACAAGAAUGUUCACAAAGCUAUUGAAGAAUUUGAGUCAAGUCUUAAAGAAGCAAAAAUCAGUGAGAUCCAAAUGACUGCUCCCCUCAAACUCAGCUAUGCAGAAAAAUUGCACAAACUGGAGAGCCAAUAUGCAAAACUCUUGGUAAGAUCAUUGUCAAGAAGUCCAGGUCUCAGUGGGAUGUUCCUUGAUAAU